UCACUCUCUCGUUUCACUGCAUUGAUACAAGAAGCUAUAUACGACACAGAAGCCCCUAGCUGCACGUCAGUCAGUCUCGAGAAAGCAACCCCACAUCCUAUACAGUUUUGUACAUCUCCUGGCAUUAACUGCUCUUCGCCUGUGUGUUGGAAACAGGAGUUUUUAAUUAACCAAUUGGCACAAAUAGGAAAAUUGCUUCGCUCAUCAAGUGCAAAUAAAUCUGCCCUCUGCGGUGACCCAAUGGAUUAGUAAAUCCCCCCCAGUCAGGUAAUGUUGAUGUUAAGGAUUGCACUUUUGGGGGUGGUGUUGGGUGGUUCGUGGCUGAUCCAGCUGGUGGAAACGUCACGACUUCCCAGUCUCUAUGAGAAGCACCUGUUCAAGCGCCAAGCCGAAGCCAGCAACGACGAGAACACCGGUCUUUACGAUGAAAACGAUUCCGUAGUAUCGCUGAAUGCAGCGAACUUCAACGAGAAGGUCUACAAGCAACCACACGCAGCGUUGGUAGAGUUCUACAACUCGUACUGCGGAUUCUGCCGGAGGUAUGCUCCGGUCUGGAAGCAGCUGGCAGCGGAUAUCCUAGGCUGGCAGAAUCAAGUGAAAGUGAUGGCAUUGGAUUGCUCCCGGGACGACAACAAUGCGCUGUGUCGGGUAUUCGAGGUGAUGGCCUAUCCGACGAUCCGGUUCAUACCGCCGUACUACGAAGAGGGUCCGCAGAAGAUCGGUGUCCCGAUAACAGCCCAUGCCGAAUCCGAUGUCAUCAAUGCUCUGAUCGAGAACCUACACAACGUAACCAACAAACCGCCCAAAUGGCCUGAUUUCGCCCCACUGGAAUCGACCAUUGCGAAAGCCGAUCUUUUCGUGAAAAAUGGUAACGCUCCUGCACCAAAAUACACCUACAUCGUCAACGAAAACGAUCCCAACGGGACCACCGUCGGCAGUCAGGUGAUUAUGGAUUUUCUCGAUACGACCGUGGUGGCGGUGAAGCGAUCGCACAAUUCCACCGAACUCAGCGGAUUGAAAGUGAUCAGUGCCGACACGCUGAGCGAAAUCCAGCUCCCCGUGGAUGAGUUCACCCGAGAUAAGGUCUCGGCUGCCAUUCGUAGACACCUGAACGAGCACCACAUCAGCGUGACGGAAGUAUCGACCAAGGCCACCAGUAAGGAAGCUUCUUCUGAACCGAACAUUUCGGAGAUUAUGGAAAAGAAGCAGGAGGAUGCUUUACGGGCGAAAAUUAAGGAGCUCGGGCCAGGGGUUCUUUAUCAGGCGGAUUUGGAAGAAGCGGUGAAGUUUGCAUUGUUUCACGAGGUUAUCCGUUUUAAGACAAUUGAGGGCGAAAGACUAUUGGCCUUGCAGCGUUUCCUGAACGUUCUGGUGAGAUACUUCCCAUUUAAUGAAAACGGCAUGAAGUUCUUGAAGGAGAUUAGACAGUAUGUGUUGAAUGUGGAGAAAGAAGUCAACGUCGAGAGCUACACCAGCCAGAUCAAGAAGUUGGAACAAAACAGAGCCCCAGUGUUUUCCUCUAAUCGGUGGAUAGGUUGCUCGAGUACUAAGGAUGGGCUUCGACGUUACCCUUGUGGUCUGUGGACUUUAUUUCACUACAUGACCGUUCAAGCAGCCGAAUCGGAAAUUUCCACAGAUCCCUUGGAAAUACUGCAGGCAAUGCAUGGCUACAUCAAAUAUUUCUUCGGCUGUUCCGAUUGUUCGAACCAUUUCCAACAAAUGGCAGCCCGCAACAAGAUAUGGAAUGUAACCAGCAAGGACGAUGCCAUUCUGUGGUUGUGGUCCAGUCACAACGAGGUCAACAAACGCUUGUCCGGUGAUGCUACGGAGGAUUCAGAUCACCCAAAGAUUCAGUUCCCAUCCGAUAAAAUGUGCCCAGAAUGUCGUAAGCCCAUCCUCACCAAUCAUCACAACCACCGGCAGUACACACUGCAGGACGGCAAUGAGUGGAACGUUUUGGAAGUGCUGCGAUAUCUGAAGCGAAUUUACAGUUUCGACAACAGACACCCGUUGGGUUUGCAAGAAGCAAGUCUGGUUCCGCAAAAGCUAGUCCAAAACGGGCUGGGUGAUGACUUCCACUCCAACCGAACCUUUGGCAACGUCCUGAACGAAAUGGACAUCCGGAUGGGUGCACUGCUGUAUGUGGCCUGCAUCGUGAUGCUGGUCAUUGCGGUCAAGAUGGUGGUCAAGCGAGGCUAUCGAAAGAAGAUGUACACCCACGAUAUUUUGGGGAAGGUGUAGAGGGAGGAUGAUCGUGAAAAGGAACUCAAUUCAAUGGCUGCUGCUCACUGUUAUCGAACUGUUUCGAUUUCGUUUUUUCUCACUCGUCAGUCAUGAAUAGAUUUUAAGAUCAACGUAGUUAGAGGUGUGCAUUCCUUUUUACCACAUAACGCAGUGAUAUUUCAGUGUCAAAAAGGUCGAAACUUAUUGCGGAUAUAGUAAUCAAUUUAACUGUCCUAGUCCUAAGCAACUAGAAACAUCCAUCGGAAAGUUUGUUCUCAGAUUUUAUCAAUUUAUCCGUUGGAGAGGAAAAGAGCGUGAAACUUGCUUGUGAUUUCGAAUUAGAAUCCGAUUUUUUAAGCAUAAGCACAUUCCAGUAAAAUCGGAAAACUAAAUACAGUGCAAAAUGAA